GGUUACCGAACUAGCUCUUAUGUAUGAAGCAGCGCUCGUUUCGCUAAAAGACCUACAGCUAUUGUAGUACAAACAAUUGAAAGCAUUGUCAGCUGGUGUGCUGCAACGUGUAAAGCGGAUCUUUAGCAAGCAUUAAAAGUGCCAUCAUCCAAGCCUAAAGUAUCAAGACCAUUCGCAAUUAUACUUCAGCACCACCCAGGUUCUCGACAAUGCAGGUCAAGUCGAUCAAAACGUUUGUGAAAGACGUCAAGAGAAGGCUAUCCCAGAAACAUAAGCGAAAGUCUUCAGCUACGACCACAUCGACAACCACUACAACAAGCUCCUCUGCCCCAUCCACACCGUCUCCUAACCACUCUCCUCUGUACGAUGAUCAAUAUUCACCGAACACAAUCAUUACACCAUCCAGCCCUCGCAGUAGGUCAAGCAGUGCAACUCUGGGCUCUCGCUACUCUUCCGACGUUAUCGAUAUCAGCUCGAAGCACUCCAGAACACUCUCAGAAGACAUGAUGUCUGCUGAAACCCAUGGAUCGGAUAACAGCGGUACCUUUGUCACCGCCGACUGGGGUCUUGCUUCUCCACGUGUACGCAUUAAAUCCCUCGACCGAAAUAGUUCGGUUGCAGAAUCAGCCACUUCCUCCCACCCUUCCCAGAGCUCUCUCUACGCUUCUGCACAGUCCAUGCAUCUGGAGGAUUCUAUCGAUCGCCCCCCACAAUUACUCCAGACUUUACCUGAGGAUAGUGGGGAGGGUCCAGGUACACCAUCACAAGUGUCCGAGCCUGAGCUACCGGACCCCUUCAUAGUUGAAGGCUCAGAGGAUGCCUCGUCCGAAGGCGAGGAUGCCUCAUCUGAAGUCGAAGCUGCUUCCCUCGAGAGUGAAAGUGUCCCCCCUGCAGAUGAAGAGAUCGCCCUCGCACAAUCAGUACUUCUUACGUCAUCUGAAGUACGCCUCUCGCUACCUUCCCCCAACGUCAACAAAGACGUACCCCCGCCUCCCCCAAGCGACACCGAGUCUGAGGCACCCGAAUUGUAUCUUCCUGGCCUCACAAUGCCUACCAUGUUCUUACCCAUUCCAAACACGGACCCUCUAAAUAUUCUCCUCACGAAAUAUGUAUCUCCGAUAGAGAAGCGUCCUGUACGAGAUGUCACUGGCGAAUGGCAGCAUUCUGAUUUUCACUCCAUGGUUGUGUCAAACAGUUGGCGUGCGCUUGCCAGAAUGGCGCGAGAUCGUCUAGUAACUUGUAAUCCUGAGGACCUCAUUCGUGUUCUCGAUCUCUGGUCUUUGCGCCUAUCAAGCCUCGCUCGUCUCCGUCUCUACAACCAAACGUCUGCUGAAUGCACCAACCUUUUUGCAGUGCUCAAUGCCACAGAGCCCCCGUCCGCCCGAGCAUACCUAUUCAACCGCAUCCUUCCCUUUGAGCUCGAGGUCAUGCACGCACGCCUCAAAUACUGGGCAGGCGACCCCAUGGGCUACCUGGACAUCCUCUACGCUUUACUCAAGAAGUGCAAGCUUCAAGCCAAGAUUUCGAAAACCGAGGGCGACGACUCCAGUUUAUCGAUGUGGCUCGAGCGCGCUGCACGGAUGUGCCUGAUCAUCGCGUCUCAAAUGAUCGAGAUGAAGGAUUUUACUGCUGCAACGAAUCUUUUGGAGCCGCUGUUCGCACAACGUACUGGGCAACAACCAUCCCCUGCCAUCCGGUCUGCUGUGGGUCGCAUUUACUUGCAGAGUGGUUAUCUCGCGCAGGCUGAGGCGCAUUUUGCUGUCGUGGAGGGUGACGCCAGCGUCCCGCAGACACUCAAAGAUAUGAAUGCUGCCUUGCUUGCAUGUGCUGAGGGGAACUGGGCACGGGCGGAUGAACUGCUCCAAGCCCUCGUACAAGCAGAACCGGAUAACUUUGUGGCGAUCAAUAAUCUGUCUGUGGCUCUUCUGAGUCAGGGAAAACUCAAGGAGAGUAUCGAAGUCCUUGAGAGUGCAAUGCAUAGCUCCCCGUCGGCUGUCGUGGUAGCAGAACCGUACCUCUUCAAUCUUUCGACGCUCUAUGAGCUUCACUCAGCCACGGCUGCAGAGAAGAAACGCGACCUUUUGAUCGAGGUGGCGAAGUGGAGUGGAGAUGGACUGAAGGCGACAUGCUUGAAGAUGCCGUCUACUUGACAGGUUGUAUUGUUAUAUAUUGGGAUUGUAUCAUAUGAAUGGGAUGAACUGGUUUUGGUCCUGUAAA